AUGACAUUCUCUGUUGCGUAUGUGUAUAUGAAUGCCGAGAAGGAAGACAAUUACACAUGGGCAUUGACUGCGUUGAGGAAUUUGUUGGAUGAUAAUUGUCUUCCUGGUGUUAUUGUCACCGAUCGAGAGUUAGCACUCUUGAAUUCUAUUACGUCUAUAUUUCCGAAAGCACGACAUUUAUUAUGUAGAUGGCAUAUUAACAAAGGAGUGUUGGCAAACUGCAAGAAGUUAUUUGGGACCCUCAAACAAUGGAAGCAAUUUAAUGAGGAUUGGAAUACUUUGGUUCAUUUGUCUCCAGAUCAUCCUAUUCCACCAGUUUCUAGAAUGUGGCAUGAACAAAGUGACAUAUGCAAUGUAACACAUUUGUACUCGAGGUACCAAGCACGUGUGGAUGCUUUUCAACAACUUCCGGGAGUGGAGAAUGUAGAUGGAGAUGGGUGUGAUGGUUCUGUUUCAGAGAUGGUUCAGGUUUGCUGGAGGCGAUGGCAAAGGGCUUCUUCGAUGGUGAGCAAAGAUCUGCGAUGGCAAGGGAUGAGUUCUUCGAUGUUCUGCGAUGCAGGCAAUGGCAAAGGGCUUCUUCGAUGGUUCUGCGAUGGAGGUUGGUGUAAAUGGGAUGGGGUGUGCAAUGGGGUGUGUCUGCAAGAGGAGAGAAUUUUCGGUGGGGUGUGGCUGGAUAUCAGAUGGGGUGGGGUUUGA